UUUCUGGCAGGAUUCAGCCGAUAUUAGAUAGAAAGCAAGCAAUCAAGCAAAUAUCAUCUGUUUGACUUCGUUGCCUAGGAACCAGGAGUCAGCUCAACUUAUCGGUGAGGAGGAGGACAUUGCGUUUACUCUCGAGCGGCGUUACGCAGCUGCUACGACGCUAGUUGGGCCUUUCCAAAUCGUCGGAGUGCUCCAAUACAGCCCCUUGAACGUUGCGCGCACACCGCUCGCCUGAAGACCAUGUUCAAGCCUUGCCGCAGUAGGAGCGCAUGUGUUGAAUCUGCCGAGCGGAGUGGAACCUCAGGUACUGCAAUCGUUGAACUAUUUUCAGAGGAGGAUGACGGUGCCGCUGGUUACGCCGAGAGCUCGAUGGGUGCACCACCCAUCAUCGAAGAUCCCGCUGUGAUAGAGAUAUUCGGCGAGGGUAACCGAGACGACCGGAAAUACUGUGGCAUUAUGGAGCGCAGGCUAAAGGGCAAAAAGUCGACUUCCCCAAAGCUCCCGACGGUAUGGCGCUCAAAUCGUGGGGAGAACACCUUGGCAGGCGUCGCUGAUUCACCGCAGAACUCGUAUAUGAUUCGGAUCUCCGGAAAUGGGAGCAACCUGUCACUGGCAAGAUGCGAAUGGGCAAGCCGCUGUCCUCCCUCUGCAGAUAUCGAAAACAACGGAUCACAAAUUAGGCAGCGACGGAGUCGGGCCAGGUCUCCGGCCUCACAGAGCAAGGGUCGAAGCGUCGGCAAGGCCACUCGUUCCGGCAAAGGCAAGACAUCAGGGAAAGGGGACGGGUCAAAGCACCGUCGUGGUGAGAAGGAGAGGCGUCGUCGCAAGGUCAAUGCGGUCGCAGCGACGUUGCCACCGCAAGAGCUUUCACCGCCGUCGCUGUCACCGCCUGCUCAUACCCACCAUUGGUACCCAUCGAUGAGCGCUUGCGAACGGCACCAACAGGCUGCUGUCGCAAAUGUUGCGCCCUUCGCAAGGACAGAUCAAGGGGACACAGGGACGACGCCGACGUACAAGCGAGUCUGUCACGUGAUUACGACGACUGCGACACCUGGAGAGGAGCGGGCCGGUGAUAUAGCGGUGCCGAUGGCAAUAGGGGAUGGGGAGCAUUCUCCUUCGAAGUCGCGGCCACGGCGGCCACGGUCGGCCAAAAAGGUGACCGAGGGUAGCUGGGGCAGAAGAGUUGACAAGAGCGGUGACGAGCGGCCUGCGUCCCCGACCGUCGAGAUUACUGCAUCGGAAGCGGCAGUGAUGUCAGAAAAGGAGGCGUGCUCUCCCUUACGCGAGCCAGCUCCAUCCACGGUUACCGGUUUCGUCUUUGUAGAUCCUUCGACACCGGUGAAACAGUUCCGAUACACUGAGACGGUGCAGUCGGGAUACGGCGGUGCGGGGCAGCCAUGGCGUCCGCACCCCCUAUGUCCCGUUCACUCCCCGCAGAGUGGCGGCGGACACAUACCGCAUUCCGCAAAUCACCUGUCGCACAGAAGUCACAGCCCGCCUCAGCUGGGACCGACUCUACCGGCACCGACGUACUACUCCGCCAACAGCUACGCGGCUCCUUGGACAUGGGAGCAACAACAGCCACAGCACUUUGGGGAGCUCCUUUACCCUCCUUCAGGAGGUUCCACUGUUACCGAAUACCAAUUUUACGGAGGACCGGUCGCGGAAGGCGCGUGGUACCCCGCACAGCAGCCUCCAAUGGUGAGCUGGGACGGUGCCACCGCCGCGGGAUACAGCUGGAGUGGCGGGAUGGUGUCCAAUGCACUCCCGCCGUUUGCAGCUGUGCAGGGCGCUCCGCCGGCAUCCCAGUGGAGUGCGCCAUUCGAGCAGCUGCUUCUGGAAUCCCACGGCCACCAGGGUGACGGGAACCUUUGUCAUGCACAGUUCCCGCAGAGUGGUCUCCAACGGCAGCUAUCGCCUGAGGGCCUCGGUACGAGUGGGUCUCCAUCGGCACGGACCCACGAUUGGCUUCAGAUUCCUAGCGUCCUGAGCGAUCUUGGAAUUGGUUCUAAAUGGGGAAGAACUGUUACCGAGUCCUUCGAGACCAUACCUAAGCCGCAGAGCGUCGCCAAGCCUACGGUCCGAGGAAGUGAUGCGUUUUUCUGGUCUUGGCAGGGAGCCAAACCCCAACGUAGACGCGCUUCCACAAGUGCCACUGAUGUUAAGGCAUUCAUAAGGCGAGCUUCGAUGAGCGGACGGCAUGAGACGGGGCGGCGCAGGUCAUCGGUGAAUGUUCAAGAAGCGACAGACUUGCGUACUCGUCGCAGAGCGUCUGUGAGUGCACAGCGUGAUAUGCGGCGCCGGUCAUCAGCGAGUGUUCAAGGAGCAGUAAAGGUCCUGCGUACUCGUCGUAGAGGUUCUUUGAACGGAGAGCGUGAUAUGCGGCGAAGAUCAUCGGCAAAUGUUAAAGAAGCAGGGAGAAGCCAAUGGGCUCGUCGGAGAUCGAGUGCUGGAAGCUGGAAGUCCCUCAAAGGCAAUCGAGGCAGCUUUUCGGGAAACUCAAUGAGUGAGCGGCCACAUGUUCACUUAUCACGUGAUCGUGCUUCCUGCUCACGUCCAACAGCGACCGUAGAUCGCAACGCAAAACACCGUUGCGGCUGUUCGGCUUCCGCACGACCAAACACAAACAGCCUCACCAGGACCCCAUCAAUAAAUUCAUGUUGCUGUUGUUGUCAGGAAACAGUGCCCUUCCAUGCCUGCUGCCAUGGAAGCUGCUGUGGACAGAUGAGCAGAAGUUGGAGCAUGCCGUGUAUACCUCGAGUUGCGACAUCGCUACAAGAGUGCCACGCUCACGGCGCCGGCCUGGCAAAACAGUUGAUCAACAACAGGAGAUAUACCACGCAGUCAGGGGUGCCUCACGCAUGCGCAAUGGCAGCCCGCGCAUCGUGUUCCCACAGUCCCAUUACGGUUCCCGUGGAAGUACGAAUAACGCACCAAUGUUCUGCAUCGCCGACGCUGUACCCUAUCCCAGUACCAUCGCUGAUGACUACGGCGCCCCUUGGCGGCGGUCCAUUUCAACCGCAAGCAACUGAGCAGAAACAGUCGGACGAAGACAUGUACCUUAUUUUACCGUCUAAGAGCGGCCAGGAUGUAGUCUACCAUGCUCGACACAUUUCGCCUGUCCUUCGAUUGCCGAGCGUCCAAGGUGUGCUUGAGACUGCAGGCAGGCAGCCGUAUUGUGGUGCAUUGACCAUGCCAGCUGCGUCCGCAGUAGUUAGCACGUGGGAAUCCGAGGCGCAAAACGCGGAAGCUAUGAAGAAGAAAAGGGAUGACCGUCGACGCGUUCUCUCAUCAAGAAAAAGUUGGAUGAAGAGCACACAAGCUGCAGGGAAGGCUUUGACAGCUAAUAGGUCGCAAAAGGUUUCGAGAGAGCCGCCUAAACGCGCUUCUAGGGCAUCUGUUGUAUAUUCAGAUAAACAAGACACGGAGCGAGAAGAGGAUCUCGUAGAAGCUGGCGAGCAACUGACCUUCGUAACUAAGCGAAAAUCCGCGCCAUCAAAGCGCGCCUCCGUCGCCACUGAACCAGAUGCAAUGUUUAAGUCCGCGCUACACAGUUCAGUCGAUGCGGAUGAUCUCGACAAGCGGUCACAUAAAACCAGUAGGCGCGCAUCGCGCUCAUCGAGGAAACCGAGCCUAGCUACCGGACGGCGUUUUCUCGACAGAUCAGAGUUAGGCAACCUCAAGGGGCGUGAAGACACGUCGGAACUUGGACCAACCUCAAGACGUGCAUCUGCAGUCGCGGGUUUGAGAAGGAAGUCUGCUGGGCAAGUUGAAAUGGAGUCGCCAGACGAUUCAAGUGCGCGAACGGAGAGACUUGGUACCGGGACACUCCAAGUGCCUCUGUUCGAACUAUCAUCAUCGGAUUCCCCACGAGAGGAGCCACACGCUGCAGUGGAGAAAACAGGGAAAGUGUCUGCGGAACAGGCCUCUGGACUUGAAAGUCAAGAGUCGACCAAAGAAGGCACCGAGCUUACUCCAGCGGCAGAGCCACCACAACAAACUGGAACAGGCAGUAGCAUAGACGUUCGGUUGACUUCGCGCCGACCGUCUGACGUAAUUCUUGAGGAGCGACCCGAGGUUGAAAAGCGGCCUUUGUGCACGGAGAUUAAUUUCGCCUUGCUUGUGAGCAUCGCGUGCAUCGUGUGGAUCAUCGUCAUUUUCACAUUAACUCGACGUGAUGAGAAAACUGAAUACACGGAGCUCCCAGCUGGAGCGGUCGCACUGCACUUCCCUACCUUGAGCUAUACGAUACCAGUUGAAUUACACCACCAAACCGCAUCAACGUCGACUACUGAACUGUCACCUGAAAUUAGCGUCUGCUCUUCGAGUAUCUGCGUUCAGGAGGGUCACCGUCUCAGAGAACACAUGAACAGGGAGUACUCGCCAUGUGAGAAUUUUUACCGCUAUGUUUGUGAAACGCAGCGAGCGACUCCCGUGCUACCGUCUGGUGGUGGAGCUUUCAGUUCUGUGGACACAUUGCUGCAAGAAUAUCUGGCUUCCGUCUUGCGCGACUACGUCCUCGACGAGAACCACAGAGACGUCGCCCUGGUAAGAGCCCUGUACAGCAAAUGCUCACGGCCUGCGGGCGACCCGUUGGUGGAUCUACAAAAAGAAGUCUUCGCCACGCUACCCAUCAAAAGGUGGCCCUACAAAGGCAACUCUUUGCAGUCAUCCGACAUUUGGCGCAUGGCGGGCUUGCUCAUUCGCAGAUUCGGUGUCGUCACCAUUCUUGAAGUUUCUUUGGGCGUCAAACCCGGCAGGACGGCAGCGCCUACGGUAGAAUUGAGUUACCCACGCUACCUACGCACUGAGGACUAUUCGCUCGGCGCAGUCGACACUUUGCGGGACGCAGUUCUCGAGGCAGCGCGGGAGUUGGAAAGUUCAGGUGACGCCGACAGCUUGGUCUCGCAGGUCAUGUCGGUGGCUGCGACCUUGGCGACCCUAGCAGGCAACGUGACAGCGCGGCAAGUGCUCUUCACUGAAUACAAGGACGUCACCGUCAACACGCGCACAUUUAUCGAAUCCGUCUUCGGAAACGACUUGAGGAGCGACAUUAUUGUGGCACUGAGGGAACCGCGUUUACUUACCGACCAGUUGCCAGCCCUGAUAUCCACUGAGAGUGUUGCGGCUUUCAUGAACUACCUUGGCUUCCGCAUUAUCGUAAGUUUUGCGGCGCUCUUUAAUUCGAAUCGCGCAGCAAGCCUCCGAAGCGUCCUCAGCCUAGAACUCGCGGGCCGCAUCCUACCUGCGGAAAUGAAUUGGCUUUUGUGUAUGCGAGCUGUGGAGAGAGUACAGCCGGCGUGCCUCGGGAAAGCUCUGGCCAUGCAGCAGGCCGCUGCAGGCAUAUCCGCGACCAGUCGUCUUUGGUUGAUUGAACUGGAGGACAGCUUCUACAGACACCUGCCCCGCGUCGCUUGGAUGACCGAACAAAGCCUCAAGACGAUUGGCGAUAAGUUUGAGAGGGUGCGCAUUGAGCGCGCCGUCGACGCAGCGUCAUGGAAGCUGUGCACGCAUCGGCCGCUCAAGACCCUGGACGAAGGCAGCUCGUUGCGGACGUUCGUGCGCGCCGCAGGAGAGUACCAACGUGAACGGUUGCGCCAAAUCAAGAAACCAUCCAGGCCUAUCGAUGCCGGGCACGUCUUCGACAUGCACAGCAGGUACAGCGAUGCUCUCCAGGCUGUGUACGUUCCAGUGGGCUUGAUUAACAGCUCUGCGGUGGCGAAGGGCCAGCUGCUCGCCUUCCACGCCGCGCGCACGGCAGUGCGGUACUACGAGGGGCUGCUGCCAGUCGCGUACGAGCAGUGGGACAGCAACCUGCCGGACUCGGAAGCGCCGUGGGUUCUGAACGAUCCGUCACGUCGCAGCCUGGACCGGCUUCUCGAAUGCCUUGCUUCCGACUUUCGGACUGUGUCGAGCUUGUCGUUCCCAUCUUGGGUUCCUGUGAUCCGAGUGACUGCCGAGGAUCGCUACCCGUUGUUGGCACAGACCGCGGCGCUGGCUCUUGCUUACAGCGCAUUUGAAGAGCUGUUGCGCGCCAAGCACCAUCAGCGGGUGGACUUCAGGCUGCAGUCUUUGAGCCACGUUUCUUCCGAGCAGCUGUUCUUCAUGUACUACGCGCUGGACAACUGCGAUUCCACAGACGAGACCUUCCAGGCGAUGCAGUUUCGCACGCGGGGACGCUUGCCCGCCGAGCACCGUGUUAACUUGCCGUUGCGACACCUGCCUCAAUUCGCCCAUGCUUUUCGAUGCGGCGACUCGUACGCCCCGUCGGCGGCAGAGGGACAACGGCAACACAUGGUGGCGCCCGAACGAUCGCGCUGCGACGUGAUGCGCUGGAACUCGAGCGCGGUACCCGGAGGGGCGAGCUGGUACAGACGGCUCGCUCGGGUCCGGGCGAAAUCAUUCGGUGGUAAAAAGGACUCUGGUGCGCCAGCCGACGUCGCUGGUGAGGACGCACCCGUGCUGUCGUUUCCCGGGAGGGCUUGGAUGAUAGCUGGACGCCCUGACCCCGGCGAGGACGAUGCGGCCGCCAGAAGACGGAGCCCUUAGGGCUGCGUGGUGUUGCUCGCUGAAGCUCGCCUUGGCGAAUGUUGCGGUUUCGUCGGUCAGGUGGGCCUACAUACUUAUGCCAGCGAUGGAGUGCUUCUUUCUGCGAGUGUUUACUGGUCACACAUGCGGGGACACUUCCCGCUACCGGAGCACUUGCGUCAAAUCGUAUUCUUCACAACGUAUAUAGUGCGUCGACAUUUGUUACCCUUCGGAGCCUACGUGUAUUUGUCGAGACCUGAAAAUCUUAGGGCACUGAGGACUAAUCUACUGCACUGCAUUUUAGUCAACCGGUGUUUUCGUAUACCUUUCGCGCGAUUGUGUGCUUAAUGUUGUGCUGAAGUUGUGCUUAAUGACAAUCGCGCUUUGUCGAAUUGUUCGUAUGUGAACUUUCGCAUUCAUGUUCAGUUCGCAUACAAUUGAUGUUUAUUUUCAUUUUGCUACUGGUUGUCUGGGUGGUGAGGAACCCCAAUGUAUUUACGCAAAGCAGAAAAUUCUGUUUGUAUUUGUACUUUGGCUAUAAAAUUUGAUGUGGUGUGAUAUAACAGGCA